CAGAGGGCUAGGUGUGGUGGGUCCGGCGGCCAGAGGGGAAGGUCGAGGAAGGGACGUAGGGAAGGCAUGCGCAACGCGGCCGCGUGAGGAUGGAACCGAAACGGGGUUGUUGCGAGCUGCUCCCGGCCGCCGCGCCUGUCGGCCUCGGUCUGGGGCUGAGGGCGGGCGCCCCAGCGUAGCCGGAAGGCCGGGUGCGACCGCCGUAGCCCGCCCUCGGGCCCUCUGCUGACCUCCGGGUGUGAGCUGACGGCUUUGGGGUGCAGGGCCGCGCUCCCCACGCCUGGCCUGGACCCUGGGGCGGCGCGUUCCCCGCCCAGCCUCCCCGCCCCCGAGGCCGGGGGCUCAGUGGACCCCGAGGACCGACCCCGGUGAGGCCCGAGCGCUGCUCACCCGUCUUGCCCCGCAAGCGCUUCGGAUGGCCGGGGCCAGGGUUUCAUCCCUUCCCACCGACAGCGGCAGCUGACCAGAGCCUCCCUCCUCUCUGUGCGGCUUUCCGACACCAGCCAGACCUUCCUGCAAAACUUGGCAUUUCGAUUUGUCUGCAAAAGUUUCCUGAGCGAACGGGAAGCUAGCAGUGUUGGUGUGAGGCGAGCAAAGCUUGGCUCCCAAGAUUCGUCAGCUACUUGGAGAGAAAGCAGCGACACGACAACUGUUGUAUGAGACAGUAUAUAUGCUCUGCCAUCUCUGGAUUGGACCUUUUUUAAGGGAACACAGAAGAGGAGGGAAUGGCAGCUGUGCUCCUAACGGCCAGAUGGCAGAAGUCACUGAAGUUCAAGGAUGUGGCUGUGACGUUUUCAGAGCAUGAGUGGAAUCAGCUCGUCCCUGCUCAAAGAGCCCUGUACAGGGAGGUGAUGCUGGAGAACUACAGGGGUUUCGUUUCUUUGGGACUUCUAGUUCCUAACCCAGAUGUGAUUUUCCAGUUGGAAGGAGGUGAAGAGCCAUGGACGCUUGAUUUUCCGGAAGCUGAAGAAAAAGAAGGUCCAGAGAGUACUUGCCUAGGUCAGAAGGGUAGACCCGAGAGCCAGGACUCAACUCAAAGGCAGGAUGUAUCUAAAAAUGCAAAGCCACGAAAUACUUUAAUGGAAAUAAUUAGAAAAAAUGGUCCCCUGGGUACUACACUUGGACUUGAUAAACCUGAGGGCAGGUUGGAGAUAAAGAAAGAAAAUCCUUCCGAGGAGACCUUGAACGAGUUCUCUCCCAAGGAGGACUCAAGGCAAGUAUCUACUCCUUCUCAGAAAACCAACAGUGUGCGGAGAAACUUUGACUGCAGGCUAUGUGGGAAUACCUUUUAUGACCCCUUAUCCCUCAGCCACCAUCAGAGGACUCACACUGGAGAGAAGCCCUAUGAAUGUAAAGGUGGGGAAGUCUUCAGUUAUAGGAGCAGUCUUAAUAAGCACCUGGUGUCUGAAACUGAGGAGAACCCCUACAAAUGCAAUGAAUAUGGGAAAACUGUCUGUGACCAAUUAACCCUUACUGAACAUCAGCAAACUCACCCUGGAGAGAAACCUUUUAAGUGUAAUGAAUGCGGUAAGGCCUUCUCUAUCCGCUUUUCUUUAGCUCGACAUCAGAGAAUUCAUACUGGAGAACGACCUUUUGAAUGUACAGAAUGUGGGAAAUCCUUUAGAGAGAAAGCUGUUCUUGCUCGCCACAAGCUCACUCACAUUGGAGAGCGGCCCUAUAAAUGUAAGGAGUGUGGGAAAGCCCUGUCCAACCGCUCCUCCCUCAUCCGCCACUGGAGGGCACACACUGGAGAGAGCUCUUUUGAAUGCAACGAGUGUGGGAAGGUCUUCUUUGACCGCUCAUCCCUUACACAGCAUCAGAAAAUUCACAGAGAAAAGCCCUACAAAUGCACUGAAUGUGAAAAAGGCUUUAUUCAAAAAAGGCUGCUUAUUUUACAUCAGAGGGUUCACACUGGAGAGAAGCCCUAUAAGUGCAGUCUGUGUGGAAAAGCUUUCAGCUGUAAGCCAUCUAUUGUCCUACAUCAGCGGCGUCAUGCCAGUCAGGCUACAGGAUAGCAUCGCUCAGCCAAGUGAGCAACCCCUGUAGAGACUUCAUAUAGAUUUGUACAAAAUGAUGAUUUAUUUUGAGCACCUUCUAAAUACAGCUUAUUUUCAUGCCUCCAUUUUCAUACACUCUCAAUAAACAGUCUUAACAGAUCAUGCCAUGGACUUCCUCUGGGAUGCCUCAAAUAUUAGAUAAUACUUUUGACCAAAUUGGUCAAAUUGCUUUAUGAGAAUUUUAAGGAACCUGUGAUGCCAUUUUUUUAAAAUGCUGUCUUGACCCAGUUUUGAGGCCCUUUCCUGAGCAGCUGAUUAAGCUCCCUCUCCAACCAUUCCCUGUAUCAGGCUCUUACACUCCUGGGGCACUGUGCACCCAUCCUGAUUGCCCCGGGGCCAGAAACCCAACAGUUAGGGACAACCUCCAUGCUCCCUGAUUCUGCAGAAUUAUUCAGAAUACCCAAUCUCUACGAAGCUUGUGUGACCUAGCUAACUCUACCUGCUUGCCAUACAUACGCUGUCUUCUACAAUUCUAGCUUGUUGCCUUGUCCCUGGGUGCAACUCCCUAUGGGCCCUGCAUCCUGGUGUGCUAUACCUCCCUGCCUGGGCGAACCGAAUAAAGCUAUUUACUUUUCAUGGCCUUCCUGACUCCUCUUUCCUGU